GUGACGAAAGCUUCGUUUUUGACACUAUCGUGUAAACAAAUUUAAGGAUUUUCAGCGGAAUUCUUCGGCUUGGACCGAGUCAAUUUGAGGAAAAGCAAUUAGCUUCAAUUAUUGUGAUGCUCAAAUCGGAAUUAUAAAAUCCUGCCUGUAAAAUGCAUAUGAAAGGGCUAACGCUGUCCGCGAUACUAGAACAGGGCACAACUCGACGGCGUAAGUCCCCGCCGAAAGAAGAGUGUCCCAAAAAACAAAAACGUGAUUCCUGGCGAAAGAUUGCAGCAGUAUUGAACAAAUGUGAAACCAAACGGACAGCAGAGGAUUUACGUCUGUUGGAAAGCGAGCCAGAAGUGGUGAAACAAAUCCUAGAACGUCGUAAGCGCAAUGUCGAGUACAAAGAGCGGGUUUUGGAGACCGAAGAUGAACCGGAAGUAAUUGAACGAAAAGCGCUGAAGUUGGCGCAGGCCAUCGAAAAAGCCAACCAUUUGAUAGUCUAUACCGGUGCCGGUAUCAGCACUUCCGCCAAAAUACCCGAUUAUCGUGGAAGCAAGGGAAUAUGGACGUUGCUCGAGCAGGGAAAGGACAUCGGAGAAUAUGACCUUUCCCUCGCCGAUCCAACCUUUACACACAUGGCUCUUUUUGAGCUGCAUCAGAGAGGAAUUCUGAAGCAUGUACUUUCACAGAACUGCGAUGGGUUGCAUCUUCGCUCGGGGCUUCCACGAUUGUCCCUCUCCGAAGUACACGGUAAUAUGUACGUGGAGGUAUGCAAGCAGUGUAAACCGAACGUAGAAUACUGGCGUCUGUUCGAUACAACACAAUUUACCGCUCGACACUACCACAAGACAAACCGCCGAUGCAGGCGAUGCGGUGGACCCCUGAUCGACACAAUAGUGCAUUUUGGCGAGCGUGGCCAGCUCAAGUGGCCACUGAACUGGGCUGGCGUAACGCCACACACCGAGAAGACUGAUUUGAUUCUUUGCAUUGGAUCGAGCCUGAAAGUACUGCGUAAGUACACGUGGCUGUGGGCCACCGAUCGGCCAAUCAAAAAACGGCCCAAGAUUUUCAUCAUCAACCUUCAGUGGACACCGAAAGAUAAGGUUUCGACGCUUAAAAUAAACGGCCGCUGCGACGAGGUGAUGCAAUUGGUCAUGAAGCAUCUCAACAUCGAGGUCCCGGUUUACGAUCGCUUCAAGGAUCCUAUUUUCGCCCAUGCCACCCUGUUGCAUCCCGACGAGCAACAUACAGCAUCGCAACCUAUGCUCAAAAAGGCAGCUGCCACCAAAGAGGAAACUACAACGGAAAAUGUAAUCAAAAAAGAGCCUCCUGCAGAAAGCGCGUCUGAAAUUAAGAUAAAACCCCCCGAUUUCGUCGGUGCAAGUGCUCAACAGAUGUAUUUGAACAAUCUGAUUCAUGCACAUCAACAACAACAAAUGACCAACAAUUAUAAUAUGCUGCUUAAUUCAGUCGCACGAGGACCAACUGUGCUCCCACCCCUAGUUCCUUGCUCAAAUUCGCCUGCAAUUGUCAAUGAGCAGAUAAAAGUUGAAUGCAAUGAGCCGACUGGUGCGGCUAAACCAAGGUCUGUUGCACCGCUAAACAUAAUUAAGCUAGACACGGCCUCGAAUCUGUUUGGGAAUCUUAGACAUGUGCUUAACUCGAUCAAUCUGUCCUCACUUGGCGGCGGCUGUGCAUCCAGUGGUAGAGGCAAUAGUAAUCACCAAACUUCCAGCAAAGAAAAAACUACCUUCCCUAGUGGAGCACCGGAAACCAUACUGCAAGUUCCUAUGCCUCUACUGUUACAGCCCGGUGUAACGAUUGUCCAAAAACCUUUCCUAACUGGGAAUGCUUCUGAGCAGGGCGCUGUGAAAGUGGAGACCGAAAACAAACUGCCGCAAUGUAACAAGAUACAACUCAUCGUCAAACCGGUGAUCGUUAGUAAUCCGCCAUGUUUAGUACCGAUACAACAACACCGUAAGCAAACGGAAUCCGACCCGUUAAAGUCAAUCAGUAAGAAAGAUCUCGCUCCGGCAGCUUCAUCAUCAGUAACAACAGCAAGUCCUUUGGACACCUCCCGAGACAUGAAACUGGAACAAGACGAUCCGAUUAAGGUAUGCCCCAGCCUGCCAGCAAAACUGUUGCAAAAUAUGAAUGAAAGUGUAUGUAAAACAAAUGACGAGACCACAAUUAAUAUAACAUCAACAAGCACACAACAAGGCUUGGUUAACAUGGAUGCAAACAAUGGUGGUCUCUUGGAAAAUAACGGAAGCAAUGAAAAAGAGUGCACAGACGUAUCGCAAUGCAGUUCAUGGACUACUGUGCUUCAUGAAAAUAACAUUCAAAAUGAAGUCGACUGUGAGAUGAAGCACUCACUAAAGCAAGAAAGUGAUUCUGUAAUAAGUCAUCCUGAAUCAGGUGAAAAGGAGCUAGAGCCGGAAGAAAUUCUGGAACCAACGAACAUUUCACUAUUGGAAGACUCUUCAUGUAAAAGUCUAGAUAAAAAUGAAGAGGCAACAAAUGUGUCAACAAUUACAAUGAAUGAAAAGAUGAAUCCCGCAGAAGCAAGCAAAUUAGAAGGUCGGAUUAUUGAAACAAGCAAGUUACAUGUGGAACAAACUUGUACAGUACAGACAAAUACUAAUCCGGACACGGAAAACACUGAUUUGAAUAUGCCUACUGGUUACGGUAAUGAGUUUUGUCGUGUAGAUGAAUCCGUUUCUCUCGCAGAUAUCGAAACAAGUAUUACAACGACCGAUGCUCAAUAUCCCUCAAACGAUCCGAUAGGCUCAGAUCCAGCGGUACAAAAUGGCAUACUCAUUUCUGCAAACUUGGAUGAGGCGCAAACAGAUCAAAUCCUUGUUCGAGAUAGGAUUGUUCAAAACACCGACCAGACGAAGUUAUGUUUGGUAGAAAGACGUACCGAUCAAAAUAACGGUGAUGAUGAUAGGAUGAAAAUCAUAAAACCGGAUACACUCGAAUGCAAAACAGUUUGCAUCAAGGCAGCUAUCGACAAAACGGUUAACGAGUCGAAAGAAGCUACUUUAACCGAUGCACAGCCAGCUACACCAACUGACAUGCGUAAUAAUGAGUCAAAUGAGAAACUAAUUCAAGCUGAUCUGUUUAAACAGGACAGUAUAGAACCCAAUCAUCAGUAUAUCAACGACAUAAAGGACCAGCCAAAAGCCAGUGAUAUAUCCUGCACGAACUCGACUAACAAUAUCAAUAAUAUUCACGCCCAGGAUUGUGAUAGGCCCGAAGAAUCGAUAAACGGUUCCGAACAUAUAACACAACAAUCAGUUACCGGUGACGAACGAAAUGUGAACGAGUGUGUGCCAUUGAAAACUUUUGAUGAAAGCCUGCAAAGUACAGUUGCUAAAGAAUCAUCCAACGACACGAAAAGACUCGACUCGAUGAGCAACUCGAUCACGUCAGCAACAGUAACUGAUCAAUUGCAUGAUGAGAAAGGGCAUCUGCAGUCUAUUAGUUUAGAAACAAGUUGGGAAAUCGAUUUGGGUAGUGAAUACUCUUGGCGCAAAUAUGAAAUCCCUGAUGAAUUUUCGGAUGAUUCUGGAGGCAUAAAACAAUAUUCGGUUGCAAAGAAUGGUGAAAUGGAAUAUGAGCAAAAGGCUGAAACAGAAGACGAGAAAGCUGGGUCGAUUGUAGAUGUGGAAGCAGCAGGCAAAUUUGAAUCAUUAAAACUCUCAGAAGAUGUUCCCUAUCGUUUGCCUGGUGAUUCUGAACCAUGUAAAGUGGAAGUAAUUGGAGCUGAAAGCCGGCCGUUAAAAAGCUGCAAAAGCAAUUGUGAGGCAAAAUGUAAUCAUCCUAUUCAAGAAUAUUCUAACCGACAUUACGUAAACUGCGAGAAUCAACCGUCAUUGGAUGAACGACCAGAUCAAAAGCAGAUAGAGCAGGAACUAAAGUCGAAUCACAUUGAAGCAAAAUUGGAAGCAGAUAUUUUACCCUUGUUUGAUGGCGAUGCAGAAAUUCUGGGUACUGAAAACAAUGAAAAUGAUAACCUCCUAUCACAAGAACGACGUGAAUGCUCUGUCGUGGAUACUGAUGCCUCCAUUGAGAUCUCUCACGAAAAAUCCUCCCCGACGAAGGAUGCAGAAGCCGGCUCUGACAAGAAAUCACAGAGUAUGGAUUGUGAAACUAAUAUUGAGUUUGCAAGUGAAUGUGAUGCACCAAUAAAAGAAGAUAUGAACUACAACAGCCAAGAUGAGUCGACGCAAGGCAAAACGGAUGUAGAGUUGAUGGAAACUGACAACCAGUCCCUUAUUAGUGAGGGAAAAAGUUCACCAUGUCAUUUGCAAGACAAACCCCAAGGAAUGGAAGCGUUUACUGACGAACAAACAAAAAGUGACCAGUCUGCAGAAUCUUGCUCACACCGGGAAAGUCAAAAAAUGGUAAAAGUUGUGCUGAGCAACAGUUCUCUUUUGGAGCUGUACGAAGCUGCGCCAAAAUUCGCCGACGGAUAUCCACCCGCUUUGAAAUUGAUAUCGCAUCUCAAAUACCAUGUUUCGGGUCAAAUAGCGACCAAAAUGGCGACACCUCUCAACCAACAAACUCCGACGUCUAGCGCCGUCGCUCCAACGACUGCUGCAACGGCAACUAGGAUGGUGGAUGUUGGCCCGCAAUGUACUACGAACUCGACACUAGCGGUUGAAAGUCCCACUGAAAACCAGAAAGCCUAUCAACCCAUCAUACAGAUAGCAUCUUCGGGUAAUGCCUACGCUAAUGGCUUGAUGAGUCCCACGGCGAACGGGAUCGGGGGGGUCGCCAAUAUGGGUUUAGCACAUGCUCUUCAACCUAACCAAAGGCCGGCUCCACCGUUUGCACCGCUCCAGGGUGGACUAGCUUCUGGCGGUGCGUUGGCAGCUUAUUUUAUGAAAAAUCAUCCUUUUCCCAACCUGUUUGGAAUGGCCGCCAAUCUGGUCCUUCUCACUAGCCCCCUCAAGGGACAACCAGUAAACACCGGUGCACCAUUGCUGACGCCAAAAGAUGUUGUAACCACGUCCACCACAAGUGUUGCGACGAAUCCCGAUACACCAGAAAACCUACGGCUCGAAUCUGACGACCAGACAGACGAAGACGAGGAGGGUCGAUCAAAAAAACGACGUUCGAAGCGCCUUGAAUCGGCACGCAUCAAUAAGCAGCUUACGACGCCGGAAAAGACCGAUUCCGACACGGAUACCACCGUGGAUCACACCAUCUCGAAACGACUGCGCCGACGGGUCAAUAAUCCAUCGCAGGAUGAAAGCGACGAAACGACGGGGGAAGUGGGAGGGAACCGCUCGCGGAGCUUCCGUAUUCGCCGCAAACCCGAAUUUCUGAACAUUAAACAUCCGGAAAAGAAAAAGAAGCGAGCCACCGAGGAAACAACAUCCCUGCAGGCAUCUACCAGUUCCUUCCAACCUCAGACAGCACGUACUUUGGGCUCCGAGGCGAUCGUGUCUUCAGCAUGUGUGACAACAACAACGGCCCCGAGUCGAAUAGUGACGAUUUCGACUCCCAUCAACUAUUUGCCAGUGUCAUUUGCUUCGACCAUCGGAAACAGUACGAUGUCAACCAUUUCACCGCAGGAUAAGUACAAGCGCAUCCUAAACUACUGCAAGGCCGCGAUGCAACAGCAAACGAGCACCGUAAACAGUGGUCAUAAUCUCCCUCAAUGGUAUGACGUCAACUACGCCUACUCUGGCCUUCACAGCAUAAUCCAUCCGCCUCCGCCGGACGUGAACCUUUGGGGUGGAAGUUCCAUCAAACUCGAACCCCCGCAACCGCUGGUGGUCGAGUGUAAGUUUUGCUUCGAAAACUACUCCAAAUAUAGCUGCCAAUUCUACCCACCGCAGCCGGCCGAGUUUGCUGUAAAGUCAGUUCACCGCACGAAGGUGGUCAUAUGCGAGUGUUGCGAUUUUUCCGAUGGAGAGUGCGAAAAACCAAAUACCGAACCGCCGAAUGGUGCAGACACCAAUGCACCAAUUCCACCUGCUUCGACAUCGAAAGACCCCGCGAUCUCGAUGAUGGAGGAACAUAAACGGAAAACGCCGGAGAGUACGGAUGGGUCGAAUGAUUCGGAGAGUAUCUCACGGGUCACGAAGCGAACGAAAAGCGAAAGCGUACCCCCUAUCGAUGGGGACCCCCCGGGUACACCGAUCAAUACUACUAAUGUUCUAAGUACGGCACAUAAACCGAAGGUUAAACCAGGCUGGUAUGGUAAGGGUUAUCGAAAGCACUUACGGCGCAAGAAACGUACGAGUCAAGGUUAAAGUUAAAAAAAAAAAACAGAGACGAGCUAACGAAGUUGACAAUUUUACAUGAGGAGGUGCCUUGAGUUUGCGUGAUUUGGAGCAAUUUCAACCUUCAACCAAAUGUCCCGUUUGAUUCAUUCAUGCUGGUGUGACUGGUUCGACCAACUCGGAUUUUCCUAUUUUCAAAGUGUACAGUCAAGACACACUACAAAUGUCUGUAAUUUUAUUUAUGAACAUCUGUUUUAAUAAUCAAGUUACUUUGGAAGUGUUGAUCAGUUUUUACCGAUUUUUCCAAUUUUUCUACCACCUCUAUUAUUUCUUUUCUCUCGAUAAUUUUUUUCGAUACUAUUAUGAACAUUUGCCUGCAAAAUAUUUGCAAAGCAUAAAAAAGGAUACAAUAAAUCCUUGUAUGUCGAGCACUGUUCGAAGGUGAACUCGGUAACUUCGUACGUGCCGUCUUUAAACGUCGAUAAGUAUUGAUUAAACGAAGCGGAUUCGAACAAAUAAAAAACUAUCGCCAACGUGAGGUUGCGUUGUACAAAGUAGUUUUUAAGAAAGCCGAUACUCAAUGCUCUGUAUCCUGGUAAGGAGUUUACUGAGAAGGGAAACACGAUACUAACGCUAUCGCUUAAAACGAGUCCCAGAGUGCGUGUAGUGUUAGAAAUUAUCAAAUUUGGAUUAGAAUUAUAAAAGAUUUAUUUUUUUGACACCGGGAAAAAUGAAAUGAAACGGCCCUUUUAAUCAGCGCUUGUGUUUGCCCUUCUUUUUACCUCAACGUGUUAAUUAAGAUCUCUGAGAGUUAAGGUUUCCUCUGUAAAAAAAUGUUUGACUUUCUCGAUAAACAGCAGUUUAUUUUACACCGCUGUAGAGUAGAUUAGAGUUCAUAUGAUAGGUGUGUGUUGGGAUAAUUUUUGAUAAAAAUCGACAGAAUUGUGUUACGAUCGAAAUGUGGCACUGAAAGCACAGUCACCGGUUUUGUGCUGGAAAAAUUAGGACGAACUAACAUAACUUCAGUUGGUUAACUAAAGUUAAAGUUGUGACGGUGCGAUUUUUUGCAUUUACUUUUGGUGAAGUUUCAUAAUAACAACGUACGUCGGUAUUUAGUUUUAUGCUAUCAGAAAGGGUCUUAAAUAUAAGACUUAAAAUACUUACACUAUAACCACGUG